GAAAAAGAAUGAAAUGUCUGCCCUUCCUCCAAUGCCAUCAAAUGAUGCUGUUUGGAAAAAUUUCCCAGCAGUUGUGUGGCUUAAAGAAACUCCCAUGGUCAUGUGACUGCAGAUACUUCUGGGGCUGGUUGAAUGCAGUGUUUCAUAAAGUGGAUUAUGAACGCAUCAGGGAUGUGGGACCCGAUAGGGCAGCAUCGGAGUGGCUGCUGCGCUGUGGGGCCAUGGUGCGCUACCACAACCAGGAGAGGUGGCAGAAGGACUACAACCACCUCCCCACAGGACCUCUGGACAAGUACAAGAUUCAGGCAAUUGAUGCCACCGACUCUUGUAUCAUGAGCAUUGGGUUUGAUUACAUGGAGGGCCUACACCAUGUUGAAAAAAUAAGGCUACGCAAGUGUCAUUAUAUCAAGGAUGACUAUUUGGAGAAACUUGGUAAACUUGAAAAUUUACAAAAGAGCGUAUUGGAAAUAGAAAUAAUUUCAUGUGUGAAUGUCACAGACAAAGGCAUCAUUGCUUUAUAUCACUCAAGAAACCUGAAAUAUUUACUGUUAAGUGAUCUUCCUGGAGUAAGAAAAAAAGAAAACCUUAUCCGCGCCUUUAAGACAGCACUGCCUUCUCUGGAACUAAAAUUAGACUUGAAGUAAAAUAAUCAUAUUCAAGAAGUAUCGUAUUUCAAUAUAAAGUAUCAUUUGAAAUUGUUGAUCCUAAACAUCAUAAAUACUCUAUAAUCAUCAACAGACCCUAAGGAUAUCCAAUCAUGACAUUUCAGAAGCAGAGUCCAUCAUGUAGAAAAUAAAUAUUCAGACAUGACUCACUGAAGUUACUAAGUCGGAAGUAAAAAUAUAUGUACAUUAAAUCCUUUUAGGAAAAAUGGAAACAAGGUAGCAGUUUAAUUCUAAUAUGUUCCUCAUUUUAUACAGAAAUCAGUACAGUAUGUAGAUACUGACAGAGUUCUUUAAAGUGAUUUAAAUGUGCAACACAGAUAUUCUUUAUUGUAUUUUAUCAGUAAUUUAUGUUAAUGUUACAUUUUACUUUAAAGCUAUUGAAGCAUGUUACUAUAAAUGUAUAUUUAUGAAAAACUGAAA